AUGUCGUUUGCAGACUACAUGUCAAAACCUGCCACCGCAGGAAGUCAACAAGAUGGAGCUUUGAAUAGACUUUUCGCAGACUUUUCAAGCCAGAUCAACCAUCUAAAGAGAAAAAGUGAGCUUUUGGGCUCAAAACGGGACUCUCAGGACCUUCGUUACUCUAUAGAAACGGAGGUAAUCCCACAUUGCGAAACGCUGCGAGAUGAGAUCGAAAGCUCGCUGAAACAUAAAGGUUCGAACGGGAAACUGGCUUCUGACUUUGCUGGACUGAAAGACGAGCUUCUGCUUAGUAGAAGACAAUAUUAUGGGAAUAAAUCGCGGCAUCCUAUCCAGGUUAGACCGGUCAGGACAAAUUCUGCAUCUAGGGAUUCGGGAUACGUUUCAAUGCCCGUUGCAGAAAGCACAGACACAACGCCGUUGCUGCAAGGACAAAAUCAUCAACACGGCCAACGCCAGUUGCAGCAACAGGUGCAGUCGCAGAAUCGACUUCCAGAAGAAGAGCUUAAUUUUCAUACUCUCAUUCAGCAAGAAAGGUCUGAGGAGAUCGGACGAAUACACUCGGCAGUCCAAGAGGUCAACGCGAUAUUCCACCAGUUGGGAUCGCUGGUACGAGAGCAGGGCGAAGAUGUCGACACCAUAGACAACAACAUAUCCGGCCUGUCGGGAAAUUUACAGCGAGCCAACGAACAACUGGGUAAGGCUGAGCGGUCCCAACGCAAAAGAAAUAGAUGCGGUAUAAUAUUUCUGGUCGUUAUCGUUGUGGUCGUACUAAUAGUAAUCCUUGCAGUGCUGGGGUGA